GCUAAGAGGCAGUAAAGAGCAAGAUCCACUUCCGGGGGGUAACUUUCAACCCGGUUGCGAAAGUUCUUUCCUUUUCUGUUUCGGCAUUACUAGAGACACACACAGCUAUGGCACCUCGCAAGGGUAAAGAAAAGAAGGAAGAACAGGUCAUCGCCCUGGGACCUCAGGUUGCCGAAGGCGAGAAUGUCUUUGGAGUCUGCCACAUCUUUGCAUCCUUCAAUGACACCUUCGUUCAUGUCACUGACCUCUCCGGCAAGGAAACUAUCUGCCGUGUGACUGGUGGUAUGAAGGUAAAGGCCGACAGAGACGAAUCCUCCCCCUACGCUGCCAUGUUGGCCGCCCAGGAUGUGGCACAGAGGUGCAAGGAGCUGGGAAUCACUGCCCUGCAUAUUAAGCUGAGGGCCACUGGCGGUAACAGAACCAAGACCCCUGGACCAGGAGCACAGUCUGCUCUCCGUGCCCUGGCUCGUUCUGGCAUGAAAAUCGGACGCAUCGAGGAUGUCACCCCUAUUCCAUCAGACAGCACCCGAAGAAAGGGAGGUCGUCGUGGGCGUCGUCUGUAAAUGUGCUUUGAGUUUUUCACUCAAUAAAAGGUUAAUUCCAAA